CGGGGAACCGAGCCACUAUCGGGUGCCGGCAGCCCCAAGGGGCCCAUUGGUGCUCCCAGGAGGCUAGUGCGGGGGGGCCGUGCCGGUGGUGGGGUGCGGGUGUGCAUGGUGCGGGUGUGCACUGCUUGCCCCAGGCACCCCUUGCCAGGGUCCAAACUCCGCUGCAGCGACGGUGACAGUGACAGCAGGAGAGCCUGGCCUCGUGCAGGUGCAGCGGUGACACCCCAGGCCGGUGCCAUGGCGGGGGGUGGCGCGGGGGCGGCCAAGCGCCUGGGGACCCUCCUCUCAGGGCUGCUGGAGUGUGGGGCCUUCUGCGGCAUCAUCUUUGGCUGGGCCUCCCUGGUCUUCGUCCUCAAGGACCUGGGCUACUUCAAGGACCUGUGCCAGCCCACCGCCACCCCCAGCCCCAACCGGACCCUGCUGCCCGACUGCAGCUGGCAGGAUGAGCAGUUCUCCCUGGUCUUCACCAUCGGCUCCUUCAUGAACAACUUCGUGACCUUCCCCAUGGGCUUCAUCUUCGACCGCUUCGGCACCACCGUUGCCCGCCUCAUCGCCAUCUCCCUCUACACUGGCGGGACCCUGCUCGUCGCCUUCUCCACCCCAGAGCUGGCAGUGCUGCUCUUCCCGGCCAUGUCGAUGCUGUCGGUGGGCGGCAUCCUCCUCCUCCUCACCAACAUGCAGGUGGGCAACCUCUUUGGGAAGUACCGCUCCAUCAUCAUCACCCUCUACAACGGAGCCUUUGACUCCUCGUCCGCCAUCUUCCUCAUCAUCAAGGUGCUGUACGAGCAUGGGCUGUCCCUGCGGGCCAUGUUCCUCUUCAUGGCGGCCUGUAGUGCCUGGCACCUGCUGCGCACCCUCUUCCUCAUGCCCCGCACCCACAUCCCCUACCCUCUGCCCCCUGCCUACGACUACGGGUACGUGGCGUGGCUCUCCGUCAUGCAGCUGCGCCACUACCUUUUCAUCGGCACCCUCAACCCCCUCCUCGACCACCUGGCCCGCGGAGAUUCCCACCUGGUGAGCACCUACACCAACGCCUUUGCCUUCACCCAGCUCUGCGGGGUGCUCUGCGCCCCAUGGAACGGCCUCAUCCUCGACCGACACAAGCGGGGCAAGAACCCCCGCCCCGAGGCCCCCCGGCCCCAUGCCCUGACACCCCCCCCCCAGAUGAACUUGGGGCUCAUCGCCGUGGUGCUGGUGGCCUUUGUCAGUCCCGUGGUGGUGGUCUGCGAGUGCCGGCGGCGAGCCAAGGAGCUGGGAGCUGCUGGCACCCCCCUCACAGCACCCCCCGGCAGCAAGACCCCCGCCGAGAUGCCCCAAUGAGCCCCAUGCCUGUGAGCUGCUGGCGCAGCACCCAGCACCUGCUGCGCCCCAUUUUUCUAUUGGACUUUGGGGGUGGUGGUGCUGUGCCAGCGGGACAGGGUGUGUUUGCAGGGGGGGAAAUAAAUAUUGAUGACCCCUCUGCUCACUGUGCUCCUCCCUCCCAGCGCCCCCAGCCACUGGGGCUUCUCCAGUGUCUGCUAUGGGGUUGGGCACCCAGCCUGCCUCCCAGGGCUGGGGGGCACAGACCCCUCCCCGUGGAGCCCCGGCACACAUGGACACACAGCCUCAGGGCAUCUCUGGUUUACUGGGUCAGGGAUAGGGGCCACCAUGGAUACCCGGUCCCUAGUGGUGCCAUGGCAGCACCCCUGGGUGCCCUCAGUACUGGCAGAUGAAGGGGUGCAGCUGGGAGCAGAGCUUGCUUCUCCAGAGCCCAUCUGGGGACAGGGGCCAGCGUCAGUGUCAUGGGGUGGCACCCAGUGCGC